CUUUCAAGGUCAACAAGAUGCUGAAGUUGCAAUAUCUCUGUGUUGAAAACGUCUAGGAGGGGUUUCAUUUGUUGCUCAACUCUAGUUUUCGUGUUGGGGUCUCUCGUUCCUCCAUGAACAAAGCACCGACCUUUUUUUCUCACUGUACUUGAUAGAAAGGUUUCUUUGGGUUUGAUUUUUCUUUGCCUCACCUUCAUUGUCUAGAUCCCUCCAUAAAAGGUUAGAAUUGGUCAUGGAUUUUGAGUCCAAAGAAGAACAGAUGGGUAGUAAAGGUAAGCUUCCUUUUUCGCACUCUUCCUCUUCUUCUAAUUCAUCUUCUUCACAGUAUAAAACCCAGUUGGGUCCUUUCGGUAUCAACAACACCCGAUGGGAGCCUCAUCACCAGCAAAUGAGUCCCAACUGGUUAGGCAACAGGUACGAACCCGAAGAAGAUAAAGAAGCAACAACCACCACCACUACCGUCCCGGCAGUAGCAACAGCAAGUGAAGGUAACUCUACACGCGUAGACUCAGAUUCAACGCUUGAGCUUAGGAGUAGUGCAAGUGGGAACAUCGAGAAAGAACACAUGUUCGACAAAGUGGUCACCCCAAGCGACGUGGGGAAACUCAACCGGCUUGUUAUCCCAAAACAACACGCUGAGAAGUAUUUCCCAUUGGAUUCUUCCACGAGCGACAAAGGUCUUCUGCUGAAUUUCGAGGAUAGAAAUGGAAAGCCCUGGAGAUUCAGGUACUCUUAUUGGAAUAGUAGCCAAAGCUAUGUUAUGACCAAAGGGUGGAGCCGUUUUGUUAAGGAUAAGAAACUCGAUGCUGGGGAUAUAGUUUCUUUUCAGAGAGGAGUCGGUGAGUUGGGGAAAGAUCGUCUUUUUAUUGAUUGGAGGCGGAGGCCUGAUGCACCAGACCCGCAGGUUUCUUUUCUACAUCACCAUUUCCCUUUGCACCGCUCGAUCCCAUGGAAUCCAUUGCUAAUGCGACCGCCACCAACAGGAAGGGAUCACUUGCACUUGUCGCAGAUAAACCCUCUUAGCCGAAAUACAUACUACGGAGGUGGAAGCAAUUUGGUGAAUCCUGGUGGUACGAUGGGGUCGGUGUUUUAUUUGAGAUCAGCAGUGGUUUCGACAGCUCCACAAAUGGGAAUGGGAAUGAUGGAGUGGCAACAGCACGGUGGAGUUGUAAAACCAGUUGCGUUCGAUUCAGUACCUGUGGUCCAAGGCCAGGCAGCAGCCAAGAGGUUAAGGCUUUUUGGGGUGAACAUGGAUUGCCCCAUAUCGGAAUCCGAUGAGUACGACGUGAUAUCUACAACCACCAUAGCAAACGCCACAAUGGCAGCAUCGCAGACACGGCCUUCUUCAACAUCGUCUCAGCAUCCUCUUCAAUUAAGGCUCUACAAUGGAACCCCACUUCCCCCUACUGACUUCCUUAACCCCAACAAAGGGAAGGCUUCCAUGUCCUUGGAUUUGGAUAUCUGACACAUAACAAAUCGAUUCCACUUUCAAUUACAUUUUGCCACAAUCAACACCACCACCAACAAAAUGGCUGAAUUGCAAUGCUAGCUAGCUGCUAAUAGGCUUUUUUUUCUUUUCUUUGUUAAAUUUACCACUUUCUUGAUUCUUAUAUGAGGGAGAAAACCCACCCAGCUGCUCAAACAUACAAUGCUGCUUUAUCAUCGUAUCCUUAUAAUCAAUACUGAAUAAAAAGGGAUAUUGAGUGGGAAAAACAAAAUAGUCAGAUCUCAAUGUUUACAGCUUAAUUUAAUACAGAAGGGGAUUCAUAACAACCAUAACCCAAAGAGUCUUUUUGCCCUUAUGUAUAAAAUAUAUAUAAAAGCAUAAUACACAUAGAUAAUAUGCCAUAUUGUAGGGCCUGGUGUCGACUGAAUGUACCACCCAUCCCAUUGUUUGUCAUUGAAUUAGAUCCCAAGUAGUAGUAUCUUUUAUUCCCUUUGGCUCUCAACUGCAUCUCUUUCGUUAAUAAACAACCUUCCUUUACUACAUCCCAGUAACUGAGCAGCAGAGUGUUAGCUUAGCCAUCUGAUGUAAUGUAACCCGAAGUCUUUUUUGCUCUCUUUUGUUUUUUAAUUUGGUAGGUUUGUUGUUGUUGUCACUGCUUCGUUGGACACGCCCGCAGGUUGUGCAGAGAAAUUUUUUUGCAGGGACCUUUAAAAGGUAUAUAAGAAUUUACCUCAAGUUUCUUGGA